AUGACGACGCCUUCCGAGUUCUUCGACAAGUUGAAGGCCUUGAAGCCCGACCAUGACUUGACUUCGGGUGUAGCGUUCAUUGCCAUUCUGCACCAUGACAAAGUGCCAAAUGAGCCUCUUCAACAGCAUGAUGCCCUGUGGAUUAAGUGUCCGAAAGGCAAAGCAUUGAGCUCAUUGCUGAAGGCGUACAAGAAGAAGUAUCUGUUGCCAGACGAGCUCGUGCUCAGACAUAAUUUCAAGGUCGUUGAUGAGACGACUAAGAUCUCUGCACUUCUCACCUUACCCUCGGAUGACUUUGUUGCACUUGAAGCAAUCCUUGCGGACGACCUCGAGACGAGAGUGAACGCCCCUACAACUUCGCGCACUGCCCUUGCUGAAGUCACAAACACUGCCAAUCAGCUCAGAAUUAAGGAUGAUCCCUCAAGUAAAGAUGCAGCAGCCUUGCCUACUAAUCCAUUAGUCACUCAAUUAACGCAUCCGAUCGCAGCUCUCUCUGCCAGCAAUGCACAGGACCAUCAUGUACGCUCAAUGGCUUCGCCGACUGAAGAAGAAGGACUCGGAUGGGAAGACUUCCUGUUUGAACGCCUCGAGUACCAACGGCAAUUUCUACAAAGAGAAAUCACGGAUGCGCUCAGUGAAAGAAUCAGGCACGAAUGGCUCUGCUUAGACGCAGGUCAGAGAAGCUAUUUCUCAGAUAGAGCAUCCAGGAUCAGUGCAACGGCCCGCUCGAUGACAGUUCGGCGUGUUCACCAUAUUGCCUUCUGGCUCUUCUACUAUGAAAAAUAUCUUUCUUCACAGAACGCUGGCAUUGAAUUGCAUGUCGAUUUUCCCUCGCAACGGCGCCAAUUCGAUGUAUCGGUAGAGCUUUGGUCUAGAAUAUGGGGACUCCAAGAACAUGCAGGAUACAUGAACAAGGGUAUGGCACUCUGGGCUGAAAUCAUAGACAAGUACGCAGAUAUCCUCAGUUUUCCGCCAUCUGAAAAUAGCGGCCCGGAACCAUGCUCUGAAAAUGUCGCAAAACUCGAAAACAGCAGGCUAGAACGAUCCCCUGAAGGUGUCGCCCAAGUCGUCAAGGAAGAACCAGUGCGAUCUCCGUUCCCUGAGGAUCGUCCUGAUCCUCCAAAAGACAGCUUAGUCGCAGGCAAUAGCUUUCACGUGGGCCUCGAGAGGGGGAUGUUAGAUGCUCAAGAGUGUACAGCUUCCCGUAUGACAAUGUCGGAGCUUUUUGAUGGUCGAACACCUGAGCAGCUUGAAAAGAGUGUUCAAAAAGGUGCCGAAUUACUCAACAAUAUCCAACACGUUCUUCGAGAACGACCCAAUGAAGAAGUCAAUCAAUGGAUCCAGGCCCUGGAGAAAGUACAAUCCCAGGCAGUACGUUCUCGCACCGUGGUGGGAGUUGUGGGGGCCACCGGUGCCGGAAAGAGCUCAGUCAUCAAUGCCAUGUUGGACGAGGAGCGUUUAGUACCCACGAAUUGCAUGAGAGCCUGUACAGCAGUCGUCACCGAGAUCAGCUACAACUACGAUGAGAGCAUCCCAUACCGUGCCGAGAUUGAGUUCAUCUCUCGGGAGGAUUGGAACAAGAUGCUUAAAGUGUUGUUUCAAGACCUUCUCGAUGGUUCUGGUCAAGUGUCUCGCGAAUGUAUCAAUGAAGAUUCAGAAAGUGGUAUUGCCUAUGCUCAGGUGAAGGCUGUCUACCCAAAGCUGACGAAAGACGAGAUGGCAAAAGUUCCCAUCGAACGUCUGAUGGCUCAUGAAAACGUGAAGUGUCUAGGUACCAUCCGGAAAGCGGAAGCAUUCGAUGCAUCGGACUUCUACAAGCAACUGCAGAAUUAUGUGGACAGCAAAGAAAAGGGAAGUGCUAGGAAAGAUAAUGGGGAAAAGGGGAAGCCGAAAGCGCGAGAAAUGGAGUUCUGGCCUCUGAUACGAGUUGUCAGACUUCAUGUCAAGGCUCCUGCCCUUGCCACAGGUGCUGUCAUUGUGGAUCUACCAGGUGUUCACGACAGCAAUCAAGCCCGUGCUGCUGUGGCUCAAGGCUAUAUGAAGCAAUGCACCGGUUUAUGGAUUGUUGCACCCAUCACUAGGGCUGUCGACGACAAGUCUGCGAAGAACCUACUCGGCGAUAGCUUCAAGCGGCAGCUGAAAAUGGAUGGAGGCUACAAUUCCGUCACCUUCAUCUGUAGCAAAACAGACGACAUUUCCAUCACCGAGGCUCAGGAUUCAUUGGGGCUUGCGGAUGAAUCUGGUCAGAUGCUGGCCAAAAUGGAAGAUCUGAGGAGAAAGAAAAUUACUCUAAAGCAACAAAUCGAAGGUCUCAAAGCGACUAAAUCGGACAUCAAUGCCGCCAUCGAAGCCCAGGACGAGCAAGUUGAGAUAUGGGAAAAGCUUCAGGAGGAUUGCCAAGCUGGACAGACGGUCUACCAGCCCAAACCGGCGACCCAGAAACGAAAACGGAUGCAAGGUUCAAAUUUUUCAAGGAAGAAAUCAAAGUAUGCUGAGCCUGGCUCCGAUGACGACUUGAUUAUUGAUGAUGAUGACGAAGGCGACUCCAAUAGUGAUGGAGGAUCGGAUUUUGCUUCAUCUAUCAACGGCGAAGAUCGCGGUCCUCCUCUUACUGAAGAUGAGAUUUCAAGGAAACUUGGAGAACUUCGGGUGUCAAAGAGAGAAGGACGACGGCAAAAGAUCCAAGUUGGUGAUGAGAUGAGGAGCUUACGAAAACAGAUUGAGCAAAUUGACAAAGACAGCGAAGCCAUUGAUGCUGAGCUAUUCGCUAAAUGUAUCUCAGGCAGAAAUGAGUACUCAAGAGCCGCCAUUCGACAGGACUAUGCAUCAGGCAUUCGUGAACUUGACCAAGAACUGGCUGAGGAGGCCGAUGCUGCAAAUUUCAAUCCUGAAGUUGACGCCCGUGACUACGACGAGGUUGCACGCAACCUCCCAGUCUUCUGCGUUUCUUCUCGUGCUUAUCAGAAAUUGAAGGGGAGGCUUCAGCGAGACAAAACACCUCCGGGCUUCGAGGACCUCGAGGAGACCGAAAUGCCUGCACUUCAAGCACAUUGUGUGCAGCUGACAACAGCUGAUCGCACAUCGACUGCCCGAAGGUUUCUCAACAGCACGUUUCAGUUUCUUAAUUCGUUAAGGCUAUGGGCUUCUAACGAUGGAACUGGGAACAAUCUCUCGGACGAUCAAUUACAGCACGAAGCUCGGAUCUUGAAAGACAAGCUGAAAAAGCUUGACAGUGCUCUCGAGAAGGCAGCCACGAACGUCGUCCUCGGUAUCGACUGCGAGCUAAAGGAGAAAAUCUAUGAUGUGUUCCCAAGUGCCACAUCGGCGGCGAAGUCAUUAGCAAGCGGCACUGUGAGACAAUGGGGCGCACCUAUCAAUCGGGAUAACCGAGCGGAAGGGGGCCUUCACUGGGGAACGUAUAAAGCUGUGGUACGACGCGAUGGAUGCUUUUCGAAUAGCUGGCGCUCUAUUAAUUUCAAUGCAGAGCUUGUGGACCCGAUUCUUCGGAUCCUAACCGGACCAUGGGAGUCUGUCUUUGCACGCAGAAUUCCCAGCAUAUUGGGUGCUCUCCCGCUCGAUGUGAGUGGCAUGCUCAGGACUUUUCACGAUGAAGUCGAAAGCCAUGCCAUCCGCAAUGGCGCUUUGAUUGCAACAUUUGAGACGCUCAAGCACCAACUCCCUGGGUACAAAGACAUCAUGAAAGAUGCAAUGGUCGAAGCUCGCACCAAGGUCACCGAGACUCAACGCGAGAUCAAUCGUGAAUUCGAACCUAGCAUUACCAAACAUAUGCAAGAAAUAUAUGAAAUCUGCGUCGAGGAAUCAGGAAUUGGCUCAUACAGUCGUAUGAGAGCCCACAUGGCUGGCUUUGUUGAACGGGAAAAGGAUUCGAUGUUUGAGGGAUCGGUCAAGCAUGUAAAGGUUCUUCUUCGACAUAUGCUGGAGGAGCUCAAGGAAGAACUGCUUACCAAGGUUGACAUGAUCUUUAUGGCUGUCCAGAAGGAUUAUACCGGUGUCUUCUCUGGAAGUGGAAGCAGUAAGACGACCGGGGUACUUCCACGUGAACAACGAGCCUUACGAAAACCGAUCCUCGAGCUUGUUGACAGCGCUGAGUUGGUAUUCAAGCGAGGUGUCGAUGUCGAACCUGAAGCCGAGCCCGAAGCUGACGAUCAGACAUCUGGAAACCCUGAAACCGACGUCGCGGAGACUGGAGCAUCUGACCAUAUCAAAAAUGAAGUCAAUGAUGAUACAAAGAUGGAUGGCAGUGCUGAAACAGUUGCUAAGGAGACUGUAAUGGAUUCAAAUGUCCCUGAUUUGGCAAAUCAGUCUUCACCACGAGAGCCGAGCACUGUGCCCAAAGAGCCUCUUCAGUCCAUACAAGAUGAAACCGGGCUUGUCAAGGGUGAACAAGAUUCUAUCUGAGUUUGAAGAUUCUAUCUGAGUUUGAAGAUUCUAUCUGAGUUUGAAGAUUCGAUC